AGAUCUAUAAACAACAGAAAAAACGAGAGCAGAACAUUUAUUAUAUUUAUGUUUAGGUUUUUCCCCCAAAAGUAGGACAAACUCUGUUGUGCAUCGUGAUUGUAUUCAUUUAGUGACCUUUCUCAAUAAAAAGACUGCAUUCCAACGUUACUUAAUAAACAAAAUUAAAAAUUAUGUCCGAUCAAAAUUCAGCUCCACUCUCGGCAUCCUCAGCUGCUUCCAAUUCAACAAAAAACAAAACAUUUACAUGUGAGGUGCAUGCGAAAAAUAUCUCCAAGAGGCUAAAGAAUUUCUACGAUGAAAAGGAAUUUUUCGAUAUAGUUCUCAUCGCCGGAAUCGACAAUUUCCGGACUCGAGCCCAUCGGAUUGUUCUCUCUGCAUCGAGUGACUACUUUUUGGCCAUGUUUAGGAGCAAUCUCAAGGAGUCGGAAUCCGAUGAGAUACAACUCGAGUCCUUGGAUGGGCCAACUAUGAAGCUUAUCCUGGGAUUUAUGUACUCCGCCUCGAUUGACUUGAGUUCGGAUAAUGUCGAGAACGUCCUGAGAGCUGCUGACUUCUUUCAAAUGGAGACUCUCAUUGCAGCGUGUUGUGACUUCAUGGGUGAGCAGUUGGAUGCGUGCAAUUGUUUGGGUGUUGCAUUGUUCGCCGAACAACAUAACUAUACAGGACUCUCGGAGAAAGCUUUUGCAUUUGUGUCCACAUACUUCGAAAGGGUGACCACUGAAAUGGAGUUCUAUCAAUUGAGUGACGAGCAGGUUAGCCAAUUUCUAUCUAGUGACAAUCUAUGUGUAGCAUCAGAGGAGAAGGUAUUCCUAAGUCUUGUGGCAUGGGUUGACCAUGACAAGGCAAAUCGGGAGCAACUUUUGUUCAGUCUUCUGCCACACAUUCGUUUUACGUUUCUUAAGCCGAAAUUCAUCAUCGAAAAUAGUGAUUCAGUGUGUCAGACAAUCGAGUGCAACGAACUUAUAAGAUCCUGGCUCAAGUGGCAUUUGUCGCCCGAGUCACGAUCUCUCUUUCCUACCGAUUAUUCCGCCCCAAGAAAAUCACUCAUCGAUUUGGUGCUCUUGAGUGGUUAUGAGACAGACGAAUUUGAAUUCCAGACGUUUAAUUUGGCUCUAAACCAAUGGUCCCGAGCGGAUUGGCCUCGUCCACCUAAAUUGAUAGCUGGGUGUGGGGCAAUAAUUGUGAAUAAGAAACUAAUUUUGGCGGGAGGAGAAAUCGAUGGCCAUCCAGCAGAUGGAGUUGAUUGUUUGGAUUUGCAGACGAUGGAAUGGAGUGAGAUGCCUAAAAUGAACGAACCACGUCGUUGGCCGGAUAUGUGCGUCAUCAAUGGACAAUUAUACGUUGUCGGAGGUACCCAGUGGUGUUCGAUGGAGCGGUAUAACUUUGCCACCCGUCAAUGGGAAGAUUUGGCGCCAUUGCCUAUAACAUCAGACACUGGACUGGAAAUCGCCACUCUAAACGGUCUGUUGUAUGUCGCGAUGAGUGGAAAUUGUCGUUUGCAUUGCUAUGAUCCAACAACCGAUGAGUGGACUCUGAAAGCUUCAAAGUAUGUGAAGUUGAAAAACAUUGGUAUGACAGCUGUUAAGGGAUACAUAUAUGUUGUUGGAGGACUGUAUCAUGAGGAGAAGACAGCUCUAGUCGAGCGCUAUGACCCAACAACCAAUACCUGGACAGUGGGUAGUUCGUUGCGACUAGAGCGGUCGCAUAUAAAAUGUGCAGCUUUUAAUGACCGACUAAUUGCCUGCGGAGGAUUUGAUGGGAAUGAAGGUUUGAAUUUGGUCGAGGAAUAUAAUCCGGAUACUAAUGAGUGGAAGACUUUGGGUUCAACGUUGCCACAUGACUUGUACAAUAUUCUGAUGGUUAUGUAAAGGAUUUUUGUAUGGUAGUUACUCAGAGAGAACUUUUACUUUAUGUUUGCUUCCGGUCGAAUAUUUUUUCAUUUGAAAAAUUAGAUAUCUAAAUGCUUCACAAAAGAAAGUUCUUAAAACGGUUGGGUAUGUAAAUAAGUUUACGUAGUUUUUAAUUGAGUUCGUGUAAAUAUAAAAAAAAUAAAAGAGAACUCCGAAAGCUCUAACAUUACGCUUAAAAAUUA